GUCGAACAGCAACUUCUUAUCACUGAGCUGCUCAUCGAAGUAGCAGGAGAUGCUGCUGUUGUACAAGAGGUCCUCAUCAACGCCGUUAUUGACGUUCUCAUGAUGCAUACUGCCAUCGACUCGGAGCUCGGUGGACAACUCGCCACCGGUCAGACCUUCCUGGAGAAUUUUGACUUCCGUGAUUGCAUUGAACAUCCUUAA